GAUCCUGUUAAAUGUAAGUGGUUAAAGAAGUGGAUUAAAAAGUGUGAUGAUGACAGCAAAACCUCCAAUUGGAUUGCAGCCAACACAAAGGAAUGUCCCAAAUGCCAUGUCACAAUUGAAAAGGAUGGCGGUUGUAAUCACAUGGUCUGUCAUAACCAGAACUGUAAAGCAGAGUUUUGCUGGGUGUGUCUUGGCCCUUGGGAACCACAUGGAUCUGCCUGGUACAACUGUAACCACUACAAUGAGGAUGACGCCAAGGCAGCGAGAGAUGCACAGGAGUGAUCCAGGGCAGCCCUGCAGAGGUACCUGGUCUACUGUAAUCGCUAUAUGAACCACAUGCAGAGUCUUCGCUUCGAGCACAAACUUUAUGCUCAAGUGAAGCAGAAAAUGGAGGAGAUGCAGCAGCACAACAUCUCCUGGAUUGAGGUGCAAUUCCUGAAGAAAGCAGUCGAUGUUCUCUGCCAGUGCCGUGCUACACUCAUGUACACUUACGUCUUCACUUUCUACCUCAAAAACAAUAACCAGUCCCUUAUCUUUGAGAAUAACCAAGCAGAUCUAGAGAAUGCCACAGAGGUGCUUUCAGGCUACCUUGAACGAGAUAUUUCCCAAGAUUCUCUGCAGGAUAUAAAGCAGAGUACAAGAUAAGUACAGAUACUGUGAGAGUCGAUGAAGGGUUUUAUUACAGCAUGUGCAUGAAGGCUAUGAUAAAGAUCUGUGGGAGUACAUUGAGGCCUGAGAAUGACCCUGCAUAAAAUGAACUCUGAAAACUUUACCAUCUGGAGUGCUCAUGCAAUUAAAACAAAAAACA